AUGUCAGUCGAACUUCCGUUACUUCAGAAUAACAAAAAAACUGUUAUUGCUUUUGGAAAAGCGCUGUUAUACAACAGCCAUCUUAAAAGAAUUAUCGAACAAUUCAAGUUAGACAAAAUAACGACAACAAAUGGCGCAAAUCAAGGAUAUACAGGUGCAGAAACAACGCAGUUGAAGAAACGUAGCUUAUGCCCUGAUUAUCACCUACGACGAGUUGUACAAGAAAUCGCAUCGUUAUAA